AUGGCAAGAGCGCGAGGAGGACGCCAAUCGAACGGCUCGGCUGCUUCGGACGGGCCCGACUCCAGACCAUCGACAUCCGCUGCAGUACUCACCGAUGGAACGUCAGCGAACGGGAAUGGAGCUGCUGUCCAAGCUCCACCUGUCGCAGGAUCGUCGAAAGACACUUUCUCGUACCAUGCCGUCGAACUUGCACCCACCGAUGCUUUGCCUUACUUUGACCGAGACCUCGAGCUGCAACCCGGCCUGCGAUCUCGAGUGGACGCGUUGAUAGCAGAGGAACAGUCCUCGAUGACUCCCAUCGACCCUUCCACUUCGACUCGCCUUCCACCAGCAUACGAACUGUUUAGCUCUCGACCCGACUUGCGCGCCGAGCUCGAACGCGUCGCUUCCGGCCAACCUUCCACGCACACCCUCGAUACCAGCCGAUACACCCUCCCCUCUCCCGCGGCCGGUGAAUCCGCACCCCUCGCCGACUGGCAAGCAGCCGUCGACUCGGCACACGCCCAACUCGGCCACAUGGACGUGCGGCUGAAAAACAUCGAACUUCUCAAACGAUACGGGAGCAACGCCUGGAGGCUCUCCAAUUUCCAACAGGAGCAAGAGAUCCGCUUGCUGACGGAGCAGCUGGAGGCAAUCAGGGAAGAGACAAACGAGGUGAACAGACUGCGGCAGAAAGAACAGCUGGAUGUGGGAUCGAAGCUGGCAACGCUCGAGAAGAGGUGGACGGAGCUCAUCUCGAGAGGGCUGCAGUUGGAGGUGGCGAACAUCACAACGCAGCAGGAGGUAGAUCUGCUUCAGAGUAAGAAGAGGAAGCUAGAGGCUCAGCUGAGUUCACUUGAAUAG